AUGAAAACGCGGGGGAACCUCGCGGAGCGCACAGCAGGACGCACGUUUUCUGCUCUAUUAGAAAAGCUUGGAGAGCAAAUUUAUCUUUCCAGAAGUCAGACUCAGAUUGUUAGCGCUUCAAGUAGCACGUCUCAUUCCAACCCCUCACUAACUGCAUAUCAAUCCCAACCAGAUGUAGAUAUUAACACCUAUUCGCUUAGUCCCCAAGCCUCUAACUGCUCUAGCUGUACCGAAGAUUGGUCGCAAUCCACUUCGUUCUACUCACAAACUAGCCCUUCCCAUAUUUCAGCGCAGUCAAAUGAUCCUGAAGAUUACUCCUCACGGAGCUAUAGUUAUUCGUCGAGUGAUGACUACUAUAGUAGCAGCGUUAGCUAUAGUUACUGCUCUGAUUUGAACACUGAGGACGACAUAGAAGCACCAGACCAGAUAUCCAGUGCCACCCGCACAGAGAGCUCUUUGCCUAGGAAAAUUCUAAGGACGAUUAUUCGUGAAAAUCCUCACAUUCUUUCGCAGUUGAGAUCCGGCUUAGGAUCAGAUCCGUCUUGUUCAAAUAAAUCCAAUCAACCACUAGAGUCUCUAGAGUAUAAAUUUUCCAUUGAGGAAAUGCGUAAGAUAAAAGAGAUAGGAGAGGAUUUAGUAGCCGCUACUCAAAAUGCUCUCAAACAAGAGGCAAGGCGACAGCGUGAGGUAUCCAACAGGCUUUCUCGUCCUAAACACGGAAUGACAAGUACUCUUAGUUUACGAUCACAUCGUAGACAGACAGAACUUACACCAAAGGGGUCCUCCAAAGCUUCAAAGCGGAGACAACCUGCCAUAGUGUUGGAGGUUCCUCAGCUCAACAAGGGCACCACGACAUCUACGGUGUGCAGUUCUUCAAGUGUUAGUACUGAACUAUCAUCACCGUCAGUCGGACUCGUAACAGGCCGGCACUCAGUUAAAACAUCUACUCAGGAAGCUUCAACCAGUAGUGAGCAAAUAGAUGAUCCUCUUAUUCUUUCUCGUGUACAAAGAGACUAUUUGAAAGUGGCGCAACCAGUGAUACAAGAACAUUCACCACAUCGUCUUAGUAUUCCUGGAUCAACAAACAGUACAUCCAAUGCUGUGGAGCAAAAAGUACAUAGCGAUAUACUCAAGAGAUCUGUUACUUCUAUAGCAACACCCCAGGAGUUAUUAGCCUCAGUUGCUCUGGUUGGAUCUAUCCCGGAUAUUAAUAGUACUAUCGAAGCAGCUUCAAAACAACACGUAGCAUCCCAGACUAGUUCCACAAAUUCCUUCAAGAGAAAGGCUGGGGAUUCAUCAAUAAGUUUGAUAGGUACUGGGAGUCAUAGUAAGCCUUUGUCGAGCAGCGCACUUGAAGUUUCAAGAGAGCUCCCAGAGCCGGCAUCCCGUCUUGUGACAACCAAGUCGUCCAGCCUAGCUCGCACCCAGCCCAUGAUCGACUUAACAUUGACAACAACAGCUCCGCAGCCAGGAAACGCAUCUACCUCCUAUCGACCAAGAAGCCUCAGUUCUUUGUCACAGCAGCUCCAUACGGCUCAGCUACAAUCAGACCAGGUGGUUAAAGAGCUUAAGGAUAAGAUUGCUACGCUGGAACUAAAGCUUAAGGAUGAAAAGCAACGAAAUGCAUCUACUUCCAAAGAGCUUCGUAACCUUAGAGAAAGAAAACGUGUUCUAGAAGGACAACUUAAAAAGAAGAUCGAAGAAAAAGAUCUCGCAACGUGGGAAGCACAGAAAAAAGCCCUCAAAAUGAAUGUGUCUCUUAUGCGAACGAUAGCUGCCAUGAAAGCAAACUCGUCUAGUUCGAAAACUCAGCGCAAAUAUUCUCACCGCCAAGUACCCUCUCAUAUGCUGACUCGUCGAGAUCCUGACUGUUCUGAGCCUACACAGUCCUUGCUUAACACGAAUCUCCCUCUUAUAGAGAUAGCACCUCCUAUGGCAAAACUCUCCGCAUCAAAAGAAAACUCUAUUCCUCCAUCCGUUAAAUUGUUCGAUAGCAUAGAGCAAUCUGCCGAUGUUAAUGAGAUUGUAGUCUGUUCGCAUAAAAGACAAACACACUCUUCGGGCUCUCAUGAUUUAAACAGAUUAUUUGUAGAUACCUGUAACAAAACUAUCAGGGAUGCUCUAGCAGAUGUUUAUAGUCUAGAUUCAACUACAAUUCCAGUCUUUGCAUCGGCAGAUCUACCCACACUUCACAUAGAGACAACCCCACCGCCGCCGAUUAUCUCUGCGGAUCGUGAGCCAGACAGUCCUGUCGAUAGGCAAAAGCUGCUAGAGUCUGAUAUUAGUCCAGAGGUUACCAUUGGUAAACUAAAGUCACAAGAUACCGACCAAGAUGAGGAAUCAGCACGGGCCUAUACGCUUCCCGUUGAUAAGCAGCUCUUUCAAAAGGAUCUACAUAAAAAUGCCUCUAUAGUGUUGGGAAACCAAACACAUCUAGACUCGGAACUAAAACAUUCAAGACCCCCGAUAGCUCCACGACAAGAGAACCGUGCACGUUCUAUAAGACGUCACGGAGAAUGCGUUGCCCUAUUUCUUCUUCCAAGUCCCACACGUUACCCAGCUGACGCCGCAGAGAUAACCAAACUCAUCGUUUCUAUCAGCACCGAUAUAUCAUCAGCACCAGGGCUACCAUCAAAUGACCAGGAGCACAUGCAUGAGAAUCUUCGGCUGGUGCGUGAACUAAUUGAGAGUCCAGACCUAAGCAUCUUUAAUUAUCCUUUGUUUGGUGCCAAGCUUAUUGCAGCCAUGUUUUGCACAUAUGGGCCUGGAUCGUUUCCUGUUUUCAGCACCGUCAUUUAUCGAAUCAGUGAUCUUUUACUGACAGAAGUAGUAAGCCUAGCCAAUACACCUACCAAUCCAACCCUUUAUGAAAUAGAGUGCCGGUUAUACACAUAUAUUCUGAACAUUAUUAGAGGAACAUGUCUGCUAGUUAUGAGCGUAACCACAUGUACAAGUUUACAGCCAGGAGAGAGUAGUCUUCAAAUAUUACUAUUUGCAUUUAACAGUCUUUGUGAGUUUAGUUCGUCAGCAAACGUCUUUUUGGAAGAUACGGCCUUAUACCUUGUAGUAUCAACGAGUAUAGAGGCCCUAUUUUCAACCACAUUAGCACGAAAUACGGAUUCACUAUCACUAUCUACAACUCCUAUAGUGUGCCAAAGCACUGGUGAGAAUCAUCAAACAUACCUCUCCAUAACAGAAACAGAUCAAGAGAGUCUUUUAGUAGCGGUUAUAAAGACAGUUAUAUUGCUCUGUCACCAAAUGCUAUUGGAGUCAGACUGUUCAGAUAGCAAAUCAGAAGUACGGUACUAUCAAAACCAUUCUCUUUGUAGUAUUUCAUCCCUUUUACAUUCUAUAUCAGCAUUAUUACAACGUAAUAAACUAUCUGUGAACGACAGCGCAUUACUCACGCAACUACGGCGAAGGAUAGUUGACGCCAUUCCAGCACUAAGUUUAGUUCCUUGUGCAUAG